CUCUGGUGCCGAGCCGUGUCGAUGUGGCUGUGAUGUCAGGUUUUCAGCGCUGAGCCUGAAACUAAAUGCAGACAUAAUGAAAGUUUCAGCCUUAUUUCUGUUUUUUCUGUUUAUCCUUGCUGCAGCAGACCAGGACGAGCGGCUUCCUAAUAAAUGUGAAGUGUGCAAGUUCUUGACAGUAGAGCUUCAGGCAGUUCUGGAAAAGAGUGGCCGCUCCAAAGAGGUCCUGGAGAUUGGAGAGGUGCUGGACACUGGAAAACGCAGACGCAAAAUCAAGUAUAACACCUCGGAAACACGAUUGACAGAAGCUGUGGACAAUAUCUGUGAAGGGAUACUGCAGUACAGCGUCCAUGCUGAGAGACCUGGGAGCCUCCGAUAUGCCAAGGGCACCAGUCAGACCAUGAGCACACUGAAGCACUUGGUUAAUAAGGGAGUAAAGGUAGAGCUUGGUAUCCCCUAUGAGCUCUGGGAUGAGCCAACAGUGGAGGUGGCAGACAUGAAGAGACAGUGUGAAACUAUGUUGGAAGAAUAUGAGGAGGUGGUAGAGGACUGGUACUUUAACCAUCAGGAGGAAAGACUGGAGAAGUUCCUUUGUGAGGCCCAUGUCCUGAAAAACUCGGACUCCGAAUGCCUGAAGGAGGUAUGGAAAGGUGACCUGGGGAUUAAAGGAUCUGCAGAGGAGUCUAAGAGUGACGGCGGGAGUGAGGGAGAAGGACAAACACAUGACGCCGGAGAACUCUGACAACAGAAACAUGGCAGACAAAUUUAAACACUUGGUCUUCCUGCUAGAAUAUGUCCUGAGGAAGAAGAGUGAUCGAACUGACUGUGAUUAAAAAAAAACAAGAAACAUAUCUUGUCUUCCUCUAGUCAAUACACUACAUGGAUAAUUCAAGUUACUUCCAGAAGUUUCUAAAGUGCCUUCCUGUCUGCUUGGUUUCUUAUUCCAAGCCAGCAGUCUGAAUCAGCAUCCUCAAGCAAUAAGAAACUGUGAGCAUGUUAUAUUCAGUACCAGUCUUCUCUUUUGUAAUGGAGAGACACUGUACCUUGAGAACCUGAAUCACUUUAUCUUGUCUGGCAGUGUGAGGCCAAUCUGUAGUUACACACUGCCAAUACUUUGCAACCUUUAAUGUCCUAGUUUACUUACUUACUGAAGUAUUCUGUAAUCUAGGACAAUAAAAGGGAAUUGCACAGAUUUUUGAAACAUAAUUCAAUGGUUAAGAUAUAAACUGUGGCAUUAAGAGGGGUUUGACAUGAAAUGUGCCAUCCUUGAAAAAUUUAUGCAGAGUCAAUACACAGUUACAAAAUUAUUCACAGCGGUGAUGAUAGGAACCAGACAUCCAAAGUGCCUCGAAAACGUAUUAAAUGAAAUAGUUAGAAAUACAUUGCCUCAUGCCUGAGAGAUUACAUUUUAGAGUAGUUUUGAGAAGGUUCACACAUGUAGGUUCACUGGUUGUUUGGGUAGUAAAUAAAAUGGCUGUAUUUGCAUUGUAGGCAUUAUGACCCCUGCUUCCUAUCACCACCGCUGGAAAGAAAAUCUCUAUCAGUAAGUUUCUCUACAAUGAACCAUUUUGCAUCAAACCACCCUAAAUGAUUUUGUUUACAUGUCGAUGACUAUUAUGCAGAACUGUAGAAAAAUCUGUGGAGUUUCAACUUUGUCCUAAUUUACAGAAUGGGUGUUUUUAUGCAGUGCUGCCAUUGAUGGUGAAGACUAAAUGCUGAAGACUACAGCUAAAUGGUGUAAAUGUAAGACACUCCAUGCAUUGUGCCUUUAUGCUAGACUGCCUCAGUGUUAUGUGGGAGGACAGACUCUGACACUAGUGUGCUUAAUCCAGCAGUAAUGAGGAUUUGUAACUCUAACACGGUGUUAUAUGAGCACGUUACAUUAGUAUUUAUCUUUCUUGUUCGUUUUGUUUUUGUUUUUUUUUUGAAAGCAUAUGGUUUGAGUGACUCAGUAUUUAAAUGCUAUCAACUUAGUGUUUCAAUGCAAUAUGACAUUUUAGUAACUGCAGUAUGUACAUUUUAUGACUAUGAAAUAAAAUAUUUUUAUUCA